AUGCAGGCUCAGGAGCAGGUUAAUGACGAGGAUGAACAGUUAGACAAGAGAGCUAAACUCGCGGUGUUGGGGAAUGACUUUUGUAUACAGGUGGAAGUUAAAUGUUUAGGGGAUCAGAAGUGGAUGUGGUAUAUUAUGGUUUAUAUGAGCACUGAAAGGCAGGAGAGGAUAGUGCAAUGGAACUUUUUGAGAACUGCCCAUCAGCAGUGGGGUGAUGUGGUGGUAAUAGCUUGGGACUGGAAUGAUUUGUGCAGCAAUGAAGAAAAGAGGGGAGGCAGACAGAGACUGGCUAGCUCUUUUAGUGGUUUUAAUGUUUUCAUCCAUCAUAUGGGAAUGCAGAAAAUCCCCCAAAGUGGAUCAUUCUUCACUUGGGGAAACAAUAGUGCUGAGGAGGGAUAUACUGAGGAAAGGUUGGACAAGAUUUUUGUUUCCCUUGGGUGGCAACAACAAUUCCCUGGUACUAAGGCUUCAAAUUUCUUUCGAAGUUCCUCAGACCAUAAUGUUCUCUUUUUGGAGACCAAUGGACAGACACUUACAAGGAAGAGAAGAUUCCAAUUCAACAGUGGAUGCUCACCAAAGAAGGGAUAUGUGAGGCUGUGGAAGCUGGGUGGGAUGUUCAAUGAAAAGGAACACCUAUGUUCAAGAAGGAAGAAGAAUGCAAUUCAAAGACUCUUGAGAGAUGUUGGAGUUCUAUAUGAAACUGAGGAUGAGAUUGAAAACCAUAUCACAGAUUACUAUGCCAGCUUGUUUACAUCUGAGGGCACUCAAGAGGGUGAUAAUAUGUUAGAACAAAUUCCUCAGUCUAUCACAGUGGCCAUGAACAAUGCACUGGUGGCUUAG